AUGUCGGUCGCGGGCACAGUCCGUGUAGUGCGAAAGCCCCUCACCAGCAGAUUCGCGGCCAAAGCGCCCAUCACGCUCACGCCGGCAGCUGUUUCGCGGCUCCAUUCGCUAAUGGGAGGAUCGAAGGACAAAUAUGAAGGUAUCCGAUUGGAUGUCAAGUCGCGAGGCUGCGGCGGCAACUCCUUCACCCUCGACUAUGCCGAGAAAAAGGAGAGGACAGACGAAGUUGUAGAAGCGGAUGGCGUGAAAGUUUUUGUGGGGUCCAAAGCCCUCCUGCACGUCAUCGGAACCGAGAUGGACUACGUGGAAGAUGACCUCCAAUCUGGCUUCGUGUUCAACAACCCGCAGGCCAAGUCUACCUGUGGAUGUGGGGAAUCCUUCACCUUGUAG